GCCGUGGUUGUCAGUAUUCAAAGAGGUUAAAUAUUACGAACUUCGUAGUGAAUUUAUACACGAUAGUGUGACUUGUGAUGUAACUUAGUGAAGUGAAUUAGUGUGUGUUAAGUGCGAUGAGUGGUUUAUUUGAUUGAAUAUUAAUCAAACAAUGCAUCAAUCACAGAAGUACAACGAAUGGAUGCGGCAUGGCUAGCACCGGGGUACAGAGAGCAGAGAUGCAAGCACGAACAAUCGGGCACCGUCUCCAAAUCAGCAUCCUGAUCAUUGUCAUGCUAUUGGGCUUCAAUGAAAGCCAAGGCACAGCGCAUUACGGCGAAGACAGUGUCGGCUCAUUUCCGUACUUCGAGUACAAUGUGCCGCGGAAUGUGACCACGGUGGUUGGACAGACCGCCUUUCUACAUUGUAGAGUAGAACAACUUGGAGAUAAAGCUGUCUCCUGGAUAAGAAAACGGGAUCUGCAUAUUUUAACAGCUGGAAUACUCACAUACACAUCAGACCAGAGAUUUCAGGUAAUCAGACCGGACAAAUCGGAGAAUUGGACUUUACAAAUAAAGUUUCCGCAAGAGAGGGACGGCGGUAUCUACGAGUGCCAAGUCAAUACUGAACCCAAGAUGUCGCUGGCAUUUCAAUUGAAUGUUGUUGAAGCCAAGGCACAUGUUCUGGGUCCAGCUGAUUUGUACGUAAAGACUGGCAGCUCGCUGGCCCUCACUUGCAUACUGAGUCAAGGACCUCACGAUCUCGGUACUAUCUUCUGGUAUAAGGGAUCAAAUAUAAUAGAAUACAAGGAGGUUGAAGCGAAUGAUAUUGUGGAGCAACCCAGGGUCCGGUUGAAGACAGAAUGGACGGAACAGCUCACUUCUAGGUUGACGAUCAGCAAGCUGUUACCGACUGACAGCGGGAACUACAGCUGUGUGCCAACUAUGGCAGAGUCUGCGUCAGUCAAUGUACAUGUUAUUAAUGGUGAACACCCAGCAGCAAUGCAACAUGGCAACGCAAACACAGCAUCCCCUUGUGCACUGUCGGUUAAUCUUCUAAUCUCUCUAUAUUGUACUCUAGCUACUUUAUACACUAGUACGGUAGACGGAAUUAGAUGAAAAUUACAAAAAAUGUAAAUGCAUCAUUCAGCAUGAAGUGUAAAAAUGUAACUAACUGUACAAUUUUAAUUCUAUUCUUUAUAUUCGAUUUUUGAAUAAUCGACAAUACGCGGCUACUUGCAUUAUUCUCGCUCUAAUAAAAUAAGACGAAAAGAAAACCAUCUCU